CAUCGCUCGAGCCAUAACAAUUAUCGAGACGACACUAACAAGAAAUAUCUAUAGUGCUAUUCACAAUGGAUCCUUUCAGUAUCACAGCUGGUGUCAUUGGUAUCACUAGCGCCGCCACAACUAGCAUCGUGCAAUUGCGCAGCCUCAUCGACAGUCUCUCAGAGGCUAAAGAUGAAGUCGCAGACAUCACCACUAGCCUAACUAACAUAGAGCGCCCACUAGCUGCGCUUGAACGACUCAGCAUUUCAGAUGGGGCUACUUUAAACGCUUUUAAGGAGGACAUGUGUAAAGUUGGUGUCGCCGAAGCGGUCAACAGCUGCGGUGAUGCCUGCAAAAGGUUUCAAAAGGAUCUAACAAAGUGGACGAAGCAUUCCAGCGCGACGAAGCUCUCUCUUCGGGACCGCUUUUCCGUUGGUGUUUGGAACAAGGAAAAGAUCCGUACGUUUCGCACACAGCUACAGUGGUGCGAGACUACUUUGCAUUUUGCUGUUACAAGCACGCAGCUUAUGAUUCAGUUACGAUCUGAGAAAGCGUCUGAAGCCGAUCGUGAAAGUGUGAGGAACCAAUUGCAGACUCUCGAGACAAGAAUCAAGGAACACAUCGACCUCACCAAACAUCAGCAAGACGAAGCUCAGGAGAGAAAGCGCGAGCUAGAAGAGGAGCCUGAGGACGAGGAAGAUGGGGGUGCUGGUCGACUAUUAGCUAUCCAGGAGGUUGAAAAGCAAUCACGCUUACUCGAGGCCGAGCAGGUGUCUUCCGGAACGGUCUUCUCGCAGGUACAAUCCAAACGGAGUGGCCAGGAUAUUAGAAACAUUAUCACUUCAGCCAACUCCAGGACAUAUGUGGGAAUGCCAGCGAGCGUAGUAGGAAAAAUCAACCAGCGCAUCUCAGAAGUCAGAACUGAUGGAGGCUCAACAGCUUUUGUGGGUAUAUUUUAG